AUGGCAGAAUUGACUCAAUCCGAUCUAGUUUACUCGCCUCAACUGUGGAAUGUUUUGUUGAACUGGCUCGAUUUUUUCUACCAAUUCUUUCUUAAGAUCCUUCGUGCCGUCGCUCAAAAUCCUCUUCUCUAUACUUCCUCUUCUACGAAAGCCAUCGCCGAUGGUUUUAAACCCUUGCCAGUCAUCGAGUUACCGGAGAUUACGGCGCAUUCACCCGUCUCCGUCGAAAUCGCCUCCGCGAGAAUCUCCAACGAAGGAGGCGAAGUCAGUAGAACCCAGAGACUCACGGUAGUUCUCGACUUGGAUGAGACACUAGUGAGUGCGUAUGAGACGUCAAGUCUAUCUGCUGCUUUACGUACACAAGCCAUUGAAGCUGGGUUGAAGUGGUUUGAGCUCGACUGCAUAACAUCAACCAAGGAAUGCAACGGGAAGCCUAAAAUCAAUUAUGUUACAGUGUUUGAGCGUCCAGGGUUGCACGAAUUCUUAGAGCAACUCAGCCAAUUUGCACAUAUUAUUCUUUUUACCGCUGGUCUCGAAGAUUAUGCUAGACCGCUCGUGGACAGGAUAGAUACCAAGCAUGUAUUAAGAGACCGGCUUUAUCGACCUUCUACAGUCAGCACGCAAUAUGGAAAUCAUGUGAAGGAUCUGUUAUCCGCAUCGAAGAAUAUGUGUAGGACAGUGAUCGUCGACAACAAUCCUUACAGCUUUGUUUUACAACCUCUAAACGGUAUUCCAUGUGUUCCGUUUUCCGCAGAACAGCCAAAGGAUACUCAGCUUCUGGACAUUAUUCUUCCAUUGCUUAAGCAACUUUCAUCUGAAGAAGAUGUAAGACCAGCUCUUUACGAUAGAUUUCACAUGCCUGAAUGGUUUGAAAAGCAUGGAAUACCGCGGUCGUGCUGGACAUCGUCACAAGUCCCUGAACCCGAAAUAGUUGGGAAUCUCUCAUAG